AUGAAUUUGCCUCGCUCCAUUCCAUUUUUAUUCGCCUUCAUUUUUCUCUUAUUACUAACCAUCACUACCGGUCACCAAGAUGACUUUCCAGAAAUUAAUCGCGAAAUACGAGGCUUAAGACAUCAUCAUAAACAUCGCAAAAAUCAUAAACAUCGCAAAAAUCAUAAGCAUAAUAAACAUCAUAAAAAUCAUAAACAUACUGAAGAAUAUAAUUAUGAAUCUUUCAUAAAAGAACACUCACCUGAACACUCAUCUGAACACUCAUCCGAACACUCAUCUGAACAUUCCAAAGAUUACCACCAGGAACCUCAUCAUGAACUUCAACAUCAUGAAUAUCAUCAUGAACCUCAACAUGAAUCUCAACAUAAACCUCAACACGAACCACAACAUUAUGAAUCUCAUCAUGAACCACAUCAUGAUGAGUAUCAUCAUGAACCACACCAUGAUGAAUCUCAUCAUGAAUCUCAUCAUGAAUCUCAACAUGAUGGAUUUCACCAUGAAUCUCAACAUG